AUGGCCACCGGACUGUCCAGCACCCAGACCCCCGCCCUGCAGGACACCCUCUGCCUCCUGCUCCUUCUCUCGGGGCUGUGCUGCAGCUUCUCAGAUCCCAGCGUGUUCAUGAUCUACAGCGAUGUGGCCCAGAGCUGUUUGGAGAGCAGCGGCAAUGCCGUGGGUCUGUCUCCGGUCUGCAACCAGAGCUCGGAGCAACAGCAGUGGAAGUGGGUGUCGCGGCUGCGGCUGUUCAACCUGGGCUCCCGGCAGUGCCUGGCGAUGCUGCGGCAGAACGGCAGCGGGGCAUCUGCCGCGCUGGGCACCAUCGAGUGCGACCUGGAGUCGGCCCAGACCCGGUGGCACUGCGGCAAAUUGGGCGAGCAGCUGGGGGGCUUCCUGAACCGGUCACCGGGGGGCGCCCCCACCUCCGGCUCCUGGGACCCCGCCACCGCCGGCAACGACGUGUGGAGGAUCUACAAGACCAACCAGGACCUGUGUGCCAGACCGUACCACGAAAUUUACACGAUCCAGGGGAACUCUAACGGAAAGCCCUGCACCAUCCCGUUCAAGUACGACAACCAGUGGUAUCACGGUUGCACCACCAUUGGCCGGGAGGACGGGCACCUCUGGUGCGCCACCACCGUGGAUUACGGGCGGGACGAGCGCUGGGGAUUCUGUCCUAUAAUGACUGACGACUGUGAGACAUUCUGGGACAAGGACCCGCUGACAAACAGCUGUUAUCAGUUUAACUUCCAGUCCACACUGUCCUGGAACGAGGCGCGAACCAGCUGUCAGCAGCAGAACUCCGACUUGCUGAGCAUCACCGAGCUUCACGAGCAGACGUACAUCAACGGGCUGCUGACGGGUUAUAGUGCCACCCUGUGGAUCGGCCUGAAUGACCUGGACAUCGAUGGCGGCUGGCAAUGGUCCGAUGGGUCCCCAUUGAAGUACCUCAACUGGGAGGAAGACCAGCCGGUGAACUCGCUGGAGGAAAACUGUGGGGUUAUCCGGACGGAGUCGUCGGGCCGAUGGCAGAACAAGGACUGCGGCAUCGCACGGCCCUACGUCUGCAAGAAGAAGCCGAACGGGACCGCGUUCCCCGACACAUACACCUGGAAGAACUUCAAGACCACGUGCGAGAGCGGCUGGCUGCCCUUUCACUGUAACUGCUACCGGCUGAACAGCGAGAAGAGAACGUGGCAGGAGGCGCGCAAGAGCUGUGUGCGAUCCGAGGGUGACCUGCUCAGUGUCCACCAUCUGGCUGAGCUGGAGUUCGUCCUGACCAGCGUCAAACAGGAUGUGGAGGAGCUGUGGAUCGGCCUGAACGACAUCAAGCUGCAGAUGAACUUUGCCUGGUCGGACGGGAGCCCCGUCAACUUCACCUAUUGGCACCCGUACGAGCCCAACAACUUCCACAGCAGCCAGGAAGAUUGUGUCACUCUGUGGGGGGAGGGCGGGCGGUGGAAUGACGGACCCUGUAACUUGACGCUGCCGUCCAUCUGUAAGAAAGCCAGCUGUCUGGGCGAGGAGGAGGUGGAGGAUGACCUCGGCUGCCAGAAGGGCUGGAGGUACCACAGCUCCUCCUGUUACCUGGUCGCUGAGGAGAUGCUGACAUUCAAGGAGGCCCUGAAGAAAUGCACGGACCAGAGCUCGGCACUGGUCACCAUCACCAACAGGUUCGAGCAGUCGUUUGUUAUCAGCCUGAUCCUCGGCCGGUCGGGGGAUUCCCUGUGGACCGGGCUCGGCGACGUGAACCACCCGGGGGUCUUCCAGUGGCUGGGGGGAGACCCCGUGUCCUUCACCAACUGGAACCGAGACCAGCCAGGGUUUAAUGGUGGUUGUGUGGUGUUGGCCACUGGGAACUCGGUGGGGCUCUGGGAGGUGAAGGACUGCAACAGUUUCAAGGCAAAGUACAUCUGCCGUCAAAACCUGGCCACCCCGGUGACGCCUGACCCCGGCCCCCCACUUCCCACCCCCAGCCUCACAGGCUCCUGCCCCCAGGGCUGGCUCUCCUCCCCACAGCUGCGCUACUGCUACAAGGUGUUCCACUCCAGCGUUAUCCAGGGGAAGCACAGUUGGCCGUUGGCCCACGCUUCCUGUGUGGAGUUAGGAGCUCAGCUGCUCAGCAUCGGCAGCUCUGAGGAGGAGCAGUUUGCAGGGAAGAUGGUUCACGAGAUCUUCGGGGAGUCUGAGGAGCACGAGCAGCACUGGUUCUGGAUCGGGUUGAACCGCAGGAACCCGGGGGCCGAGCGCAGCUGGAAGUGGAGCGAUGGCUUGGGGUAUUCCUACCACAACUUCAGACGUGACGCCUACGACGAUGAUGAUGUGCGGCGCUGUGCGGUGCUGGACAUGGUCAGCAAACAGUGGAUGGCCGUGCGCUGCGAGACCCGGCUGGACUGGAUCUGCAAGAUCCGCAAAGGUGUUGCUGUCAGAGAGCCUGAGGACACACAAGAAGCUGCCAGUAAGCAGUGGCUGAGGUUUGACGAGGCCGAGUAUAAGUUCUUUGAGCACCACUCCACCUGGCCCCAGGCUCAGCGUAUCUGUACCUGGUUCGGGGCGGAGUUGGCCUCAGUGCACAGUCAGCGAGAGCUCAGCUUCCUGGGCAAGACCCUGCGCAAGCUCUCCAGAUCCCAGGACCAGCCGUGGUGGAUCGGUCUCCAAACCGUCCAGAACGACGGGCGUUUCAGGUGGUCGGACAGCUCCAUCCUGAACUUCGUCUCCUGGGCCUUCGGGAAGCCCCGGCCCAUCACCAAGGACAGGAAGUGUGUUUACAUGUUGGCCGGGAAAGAGGAAUGGGGUGACCAGAAGUGCCUGACUGAUCUCCAGUACGUCUGUAAACGGACGAACGUCUCGUCGGUGGUGCCUCCACUGCCCCCUCCCCCCUCGGUGUCGGGGGGCUGCCCUGGAGGCUGGACUCCCUUCCUCAACAAGUGUUUCCAGUUACAGGGACAGCGGGAAGCUGAGCGUGUGAGCUGGAUCGAGGGGAAGGCGGCGUGUGAGAGAGCGGGAGGGGUGCUGGCAACUAUCUCCAAUCGUUUGGAGCAAGCUUUCAUAACGACGCUUCUGCCGAACAUCACGUUUGACCUGUGGAUCGGACUACAUGACACCAACAAGGAUUUCCAGUGGCUGGAAAAGGAACCCGUCAAAUUCGUCAACUGGGCCCCGGGGGAACCCUCAGGCCAUCGCUCGUUCUCCGUCACUAAUGAGCUGGUAAACUGCGCGGUGGUCUGGCACGGUACACACCCACAGUUCACCGGUCGCUGGGAUGAUAGGAGCUGCCGCGACCAGAAAAACGGUUACAUCUGUCAACGAAACAAAGACCCCUCUCUCCCCCCCUCCCCAGCCCGGUUUCCUCCGCCCCUCACCCCCACACUGAGCUACAUGAACAACACUUACCGGAUGAUACAGAAGCAGCUGAGCUGGCAGGAGGCCAUGUGGCUGUGUGAGAGUCACAACCUGAGCCUGGCCAGCAUCAACGACGCCUACAACCAGGCCUUCCUCACACAGGUGCUCAACGCCAUCCAACAGCCCCUCUGGAUAGGGCUCUCCAACAUUGAGGGUGGCUCGAGGUUCUCCUGGAUGGGGGACCGGCCGGUUCCCUACACCCACUGGCAGGCGGGGGAGCCACAGCAGAGCACGGGCUGUGUGUACAUGGAGGUGGACGGGACCUGGCGCACCUCAAACUGUGACGUUAAACGACAAGGAGCGAUCUGCAAGGUGAAUGGAGAAGCCGUGUCCGUCAAGUCCCAAUUCAACGGCACGUGCCCCACCCGCCUGCACGAUUCCAACUGGAUCGCCUUCCGCAACCACUGCUACACCUUCAACCUGGAGAAGAAAGCGGCUUCUAAAGACGCCGGAAAGAUCUGCCGGAAAGAGCACGGAGCCGAGGUGCUGUCCAUCCUGGACGAAACCGAGAACGUCUUCAUCUGGGAACAUCUACAGACGUACGAGAAGGAAGCAAGGGGUGCCUGGCUGGGCCUCAGCUACAAUCCCAAAGGCGACUCACUCGUCUGGUCUGACAAGAUCGCUGUGAACUACUCCAACUGGGUCCACCAGUUGGACAUCAUGAGGUUAACGAGCCCCAAAACCUGCUAUUGGAUCAACAGUAACACCGGGGGUUGGGUGCUGGGUUCCUGCACCAACGUCACGCUGGGCAUAGUCUGCAAACGGCCGAGAGUACUAGAAUCGGAUUCCCCCGUUUCCACCGAGUUGCAGAGCCACACGUUGGACAUCAUCCUGUAUGUGCUGGGAGCCGCGCUGCUGUUGGCCGUGCUGCUGGUAUUACUCUUCCUCUACCGGAGACGGGGGGGUCACGGAGCCCGGGGGGGGGCCUUCGAGAGCGCCCGGUACAGCCGGACCACCUCGGCCCCCAGCGAGUCGCUGGAGAAAAACAUUCUGGUCUCGGACAUGGAGAUGAACGAACAGCAGGAAUGACGUUGGCCGGUUUUAGACGAUCAGAAUGGAAAAUGCACACACUCUAGAGGUCAGCUCCAAACCACAGCAGAACUUAUCCCGUAUCACACUUGGCGCUGGUUCACGAGGACUUUCUUUUAUACAGUACUUUUUCUCCAGCACCAUGUAAAUCCCCCCCUCCCCAUCCCCCACUCCCUCCCUUCCUCCCUCUCCCCCCUAUCUAUACGCAUCGAUCACUGAGGGACUUCUACUUUGUUGGUGAUGAUCUGACCAAAUGGGGAACUUUAUAUCCCACGCGAGUGUCCCAAAGUAACAACUGUAUUAUUGCCGUUUAUACCAGACUGUUUAUCUGUAAAUGUGCACAGUUUGAGGAAUAAGCCCCUCGGUGGUGGGACCUCCGGGAUUUCAGUGCCGCAUGUGCAGAUGUUGGCCACGCUGACGUCUCCCACUUUUCAGGGGCUCUCGGAGACGGGGGGGGAGGGGGUAUGGCGCUCGGAGCCUGAGGGUCUCGCGCUGUCUCGCAGAGUGAAUCCACGUCAGCCUCUGCUGUUUGCUGCAAAGACAACUCUGAUCCCACUCAACCAUUCCCCCAACCAUCCCCCCCCCCCCGGCUCAGAGCUAAGGACACAGCAGGCAGGUGGGACCAACACCCUUUACCUCUCCCCCGCACAACCCUUCUGUCAUUGCUAUGAUUGUGGGUAACAACAGUAAGACAGCGAGGGGGGGGUGGGCUGCGGAGGGACGUCUCUCACUAGGUCACAGGGCGCAUUGGGUAGGUUGAUUGUCUGAAGGUGAGGCUGAGGCAGGUUAGGAGGGGUGAGAGUGUGCGGGGGUAGGGGGGGAUGGGGACAAAGAAUUCUGUAGUGAGAGGUGCUCGGGCACUGUUUGAGACUGCAGGGCACGGAGAGAGGAUUCAGGCACCUAAAGGACCAAUUGGUGAAUGUGUCCCAACAUUACAACAUUACAUUACAAUUUACAUCUACCCGGCCCCUUUCACGUGGAGGGGAGGG